CUAUUGACAUAAUUUAACUUUCUAGCUUGUUGGUCUAUUAAUAUUCUUCUCCUUUCUGGUAAAUAAUAUAGAAUUUGUUGCACGUAAAUUUACGUCCUACAAUUUUAUCUUAUGCCCAAGAGCCAAAAUUGCAUUACGUAUUUCUUACAAAUUAGAAUUACCACAUAGGCCUAAUCAAAGUGCCUGCGAUGACGCUGGAAACAGAAUUUAUUAGGAUAUAGGCCUAUUCAAGGGUCAAGACCCCUAAGGAGAAUCAAAGGGUAAUAGCACCAUUAUAUUUAUUUCCUCAUGUCUCGGGUAAGAGGACCUUGACCAAACAUGCAUUAGAUUUGUUUAACUAAUUAAAUCGUUUCUCCAUUAUUUAAAGUAAACAUUAUGCGACCAAUAUUAUGAUAGUUGGAUUUUUUUUAUCAAGUGUUGGGUUUCAAUCAUUGAACACGUGAAUUAAUUAACGUAAAAUUAUUCUAAUUUAAUUAAAUUUUUUGGGUUUGAAUUUUAAAUAUACUGUUGUAUCGAAUAUUUGUUAAAAGAAUUUGAUCAAUUUUUGGUCCGUUCGAUCAUUUUAUAGUAAAAAUUAAUCAUAAAAAAAAGUUGAAAGAUACUUGUAAAAAGAAAUGUAAACAUUAUGGGAUACUGAAUUUCGGAUUUUGAUCGUUUGGCAAGGGAGAGAAUAUCACAAGAUAUAUAAAUUAUACGCUUGGUACGUAAUGAUGCAAAAUUGUUAUUAAGAAAUCAUAAGACAACAGUAGGGUCACGAUAAACAGAAAAACAUGGUGAAUUUAAGUUGCUUAGAAUAAAAAUUAACUUCCCUUUGACAAUUAUGAAAUGCAGCAUUAAUAAGGCCAACACAGAAAGGGACAGACCACCAGAAAAACUCCCUCAAAAGCGAUCCAUUCAAUUCUGGUAGACCUUUGAACUUUGAAGUUUACUUUGAGGGAUGACAACAAAGUUCCUUCAAAUAUAUAUAAUCCAAAUCCCUUCAUUUUAGGAACAGCAAUCCCUACACUACAGUUGUUUCCCAUGCUCCCUAUCAUUGUCUUGUCUUUUUAACAAAAACACUACACCUUGUGUCGUGUCAUUGCAUUUUAAGUCUCUUCUUAAGUUUACUUUUCUGUGUCAAACAUGGUGGACAUGAUGGAUAUCUCCUUCUCCAACGAGUUCUGCUACAUGAGUACUGCAUGUAGUUUCAGCCAAGAUAUGUGCUUCUACAGUGCACCAACUAGUCCUAGCAGGCUCAAAGUAAGAACAUCCUUUGGUUCUCAAACUGGCCCCACAACACCAAGAGCAACAACACAUGAGGAUGAUGCAAACUCCAAUGUGAAUGAGUUUGAAUUUGAAACCAGUCGCAGGUUCAAUAUAUCUUCUCGCAGGUUCAAUGUUAGUGUCGGUGACUUGGACACCGAGACAAACCAAAAGGAUGAGAGCCCUUUUGGGGAUUCAUUGCAGACUAUGGCAUUUGCUGAUGAGCUAUUCUGUGAUGGUAAGGUGUUGCCACUAAUGCCACCUCUCAAACUUCCUCCAAGGAUGCAUCAGAAUGGGGAUGGUAGCAUUAUGAGCACUCACAGCUCAACACUGACGUCUCCAAGGUCCCCCGGAUCGGUGCUUAGGGUUCGGUUUUCACGGCAAUGUUUGUGGAAUGAUGACUUUGAUCCCUUCAUGGCGGCUUUGGAGAAGGUAAGAGAAGAAAAGAGAGGGAAACCAAGUGCAAGACAUGGUCUCAGGAGGACUAGGUCACUUUCUCCAUUCAGGAGCUUCAACAACAAGUGUGAAAGAAAUGUGGGAAUAUCGAAGUCAAGUCAACUUGAGUCACAUUGUUGUGACACAGCUCAGCUAGUAUGUGAACUUAAGAAAGAGCCAUUAAAGCACGUGUCAGGAAGAAUAAAUGUGCUAUCCGAGCCCAAAGGGUUGGUGUUUGCUAGACAGGUGAGACUAGUGGGAGUGAGCAAUGACACUACAACCUUGGAGAGGACCUCAGUUUCCAAAGUUUCUAAGGAAACAAAGAAAGAUGAAAGGAAAAGAGGUGGUUUUUGGAGAAGGAAUACGAAGAGAGAAAAUAUAAAGAAGUUUCUCUUUGGGAUUAGUAACAUGUGGAAAGCCAAUGCUCAUCACAAGUUAGAAGAUAAAAUGGCAGCACAGGAGAAAUAACCCUUGGUGAGGAAACUUGACAUGAAAUCUGUGAAAGCAAUAGAAUCAACACAAUGGGGUAAAGAUCCAAGAACAGGUGAGUUGACCAAAAUGAGAUUGGUAUGUCACAGGCCAUUGCCAAGAUUUUUUCUCUGCUUGGGUUAUGAAGGGAAAGUGAAGUGACUGAGUCACACAAGGUAGAAUGUAGAAGUUAGCUGAAAUGAAUGCUUUAAAUUACAAUUUUAGAUUCGUUCUAUUUGUGUGUAAUAGUGUUGCUGUGAUGUUGUCUCUAUUUUACCAUUUUAUACUAUCUAGGGGGAAACAUAUGAUAGCAAUGCUUUUUAGAAAUUGGCUAUUUAUAUCUUGUCUAGAAAUUUUCCCACAUGAAUUGGCAUAUCAAUUUCCCUAACAAU